UGCUUGAGUUUUACUUUCAUUUCUCCACUCAGCUUUAAGAUUCUAUUUCCCUUUACUACUAUUCUCUGCCCUUUCCUUCUAUACCUGAAGGAAUACAUUUUAGAAUAGCUCAUCUGCAUGAAUGGAACUCAUUCGCCUCUGCAAUAUUUUACAUAACAAAUUAUAAAUAACUCUAAACGUUUACCCCUAUUAGUUUCCAGCACCUUGGCUUUGCAUUUCCUCAGUAAUCUCGCUAUAUAUAUUUAUAUAUUUUUUUUUUCUUUUCUUAUCUGCAGAAUGUCAGAAUUAGGCAAAAUUCCAGAAUCUCUACCGGAUAAAUUAAACUGCAGUAUCUGUCUGGAGAUAUUCACCUUACCACUGUCAUUACCAUGUGGACAUAACUUUUGCCAGCGCUGUAUCCAUGAAUACUGGGAUAAACAAGGAGUGCAGAUGACUUUCUACGACUGUCCUGUGUGCAGGGAGAAAUUUGAGAAGCGCCCAGAACCCAUGAAGAAUGUCGAUCUCUGUGAAAUAGUGCAGUAUGUGAAGGAGAUGCGACAUUUGGGAGCCCCCUUCAGAUCAGAAAACAAGACUGAAGACUUAAGGGAGACAUGCCCCAGGCACAACCGAGAGCUCAGUAUGUUCUGUUGCACUGAAAAGAGGUGUAUCUGUCAGGAGUGCAUUGUAAAAGGCUGCAAGGGUCAUGAGUUGGAGCUUAUUGAAACUGAAACACAGAAAGAAAAGAAAAGGCUCUCAGAAGUUCUGCUUGCUAAUAGCAAUAACAGGAAGCAGACUGAAGGAAAGAUUGCAAAUCUGGACCAAACUGUAGAAAACAUUAAGGCUUCAUGUGAUAAGACUGUUUCAGGCAUAUCAUCACAAUUUGACCAGCUGAAAGAAAUGCUUAAUGUAUCCUUCAAUCUGGCCAUAGAGUCAAUGAGGAACGAAGAGAAGGUAGUACUGGGGCAGGCACAAACAAACCGGUAUCAUUUACAGAGGCAUUUGGAGGCACUACAGCAGUACAAGAAGGAGGCAGAUCAGUUGCUUCAAAACCCUGACAAUGUUGCAUUCCUACAGGGUCUUCCCAACAUUGUCUCUCCAGGUUCUGCCCCUGUUUUGGAAGACUUACCUCCUUGUGGAACCUCACAGCUGAAUGCAGUGACCACGAUCUUACCUGAAAUUACUAAGCUCCUAAAAGUGAACCUGCCCAAUGCUAUUUUCCCAGCUAUGCCACAAGCUGGGAGUGAAGAGUCUCAGCCAUCAACGUCGCCUGCAAAACCAUUGGCAAGGGAUUCACAUGUCAUGAGUGAGCUUAGAGAACAAAUGUACCAAGAUUAUCGUAAUCUGACGUUUGAUCCUAAAAGCGCCUAUAAAUAUAUUCAACUUUCAUGCCAAAAUAUGAAAGCUGAUCAUAAGAGCAAUAUUCCACAGACAGCCAUGCCCGAUUCACCAAAACGUUUUCGAACCUGGCAGGUGUUCUGCAGUGAAGGAUUCUCCGAAGGCCACCAUUACUGGGAAGUGGAGAUCUCCCAAUUCUUUGUACGAGUGGGCAUAGCCUACAGCGGUCUACCACGAACAAAUGAUGAAAGGAGUGAAAUUGGUCGUAAUCAAUUCUCCUGGAGCCUAAAUGUGCUAAGCACCAGACACUCAGCUUGGCACGAUAACCAGGAGCAGAGGCUUCAUAAAUCACAGUACCGCAAAAUUGGGAUCAGCCUAGACAUCACAGCUGGCAGUCUCACUUUCUAUGGCGUCAAAUAUGGUGGUUUAGAGCAUAUCUAUUCUUUCACCUGUAUUUUCACCAACACACUGUACCCGGUAUUCUGGAUUGGAGAGGACACCGUUGUUAAACUAUGCCAUAAGACCUGAAUUUCAAAAACUAUGUAGAAUUCUUCUUGCAGACAAUUUAACCCCAAGAAUUGGUUAGUUGGCUGAUUUACAUCUACAUUUACUUUGUCGUGUGUAUCAGAGACCUUUUUAGCUUUAUCAUCUGGUGUAUUCUGGUUGGAUUCUAAGUGUUGCAGGUAUGUACUUGGCUCACGUUAAAUUUUCUGUUGCCAUCAUUAUGGGCUACCAAAAUAAUAAACAAACACAAUAUUAA